AGUCACACAAGGCAGAGCUCCCUCCCGUCCGAGACAUCUGACAGCCUCUGGUCUGGCUGCGUAGCAUCCACAGCCUCCUCAGCUGGAGACGGAGCGGAGCUCUUUUGUGCCUCCCCAGCCCCCCUAUCGUGUGCUCUUUUAUUCUGGGUUUAGAACCCGUCAAACCAUGGACAUGAUGGGGAGGAAGGAGCGUCGGGGCGUGAAUUUCAAAGGCUUGCUGAAGAGGAACUGGCUCUUAAUUGCCACGGUUGUGUCGGUGGUGCUAGGUAUAGGUCUGGGUGUUGUGGUGAGGGAGUAUGGAUCUCUCUCCCACCUCCACAAGCAGUACUUCGGUUUCCCGGGAGAGAUCCUCAUGCGGAUGCUUAAGCUUGUCAUCCUUCCCCUCAUCAUCUCCAGCAUGAUAACAGGGGUUGCGGCCUUGGAUUCGGAGGUUUCAGGGAGGAUAGGAUUACGUGCAGUUGUGUAUUACUUCUCUACAACCAUAAUUGCAGUAAUUCUGGGCAUUGUUUUGGUGAUGACCAUAAAGCCUGGUGUGUCCCAGACGGCGGAUCACAUCGACAGGGCGGGGACCACACCAAAUGUCACCACGGUUGACACACUCCUGGACCUAAUAAGAAACAUGUUCCCUGAAAAUUUGGUGCAGGCUUGCUUUCAACAGUACAAGACAAAACGCAAAGAGCUGGAGCCACCUAAAGUGAUGGUCAACGCUACAUUCCCUCCUCUCUCAACCACCAUCAUGACUACUGUAGAAGCAAUACAGAACAUAACCAAGGAAUACAAGAUUGUCGGGAUGUAUUCAGACGGCGUCAACGUCCUGGGACUCAUCGUGUUCUGCGUUGCUUUCGGACUCGUCAUCGGAAAGAUGGGCGACCGGGGUCGCAUCCUUCUGGAGUUCUUCGAUGCUCUGAACGAAGCCACCAUGAAACUCGUCCAGAUCAUCAUGUGCUAUAUGCCAGUGGGAAUCCUCUUCCUAAUCGCUGCCAAGAUCAUUGAAGUGGAAGACUGGGAGAUCUUCAGGAAGAUGGGCCUGUACAUGGUGACAGUGCUGAGUGGUCUAGCCAUUCACUCCACCAUCUGUCUGCCUCUGAUCUUCGUGGCCAUCGUGAGGAAGAACCCGUUCACCUUCACCCUGGGGAUGGCCCAGGCGCUGGUCACUGCCCUCAUGAUCUCCUCCAGCUCUGCCACCCUGCCCGUCACCUUCCGCUGUGCCGAAGAAAACAACCGCGUCGACAAGAGGAUAACGCGCUUUGUGCUGCCCGUCGGGGCGACCAUCAACAUGGACGGCACGGCCCUCUACGAGGCUGUGGCUGCCAUCUUCAUCGCCCAGCUGAACGACUAUGCUCUGGAUGUGGGUCAGAUAGUCACCAUCAGUAUCACAGCAACCGUCGCCAGCAUAGGAGCUGCUGGGGUGCCAAACGCAGGCCUGGUUACCAUGGUUAUCGUAUUAACUGCAGUAGGACUGCCGGCUAGUGAUGUCACGUUAAUUGUUGCCGUUGACUGGCUGCUAGAUCGCUUCCGAACCAUGGUGAAUGUGCUGGGAGAUGCCUACGGUGCAGGGAUAGUCCAGAAACUCUCCAAGAGAGAACUGGAGAGGAUGGACCUGACGUCUGACGUAGAUGUCGCCAACCCCUUCGCCCUGGAGACCACUCUGGAUGACGAGGAAUGCGAAAAGAAAUCUUACGUCAAUGGCGGCUUUACUGUGGACAAGACCGAUGCCAUUUCCUUCACUGAGACUUCCCAGUUUUAAGGGCCCUUUACGUUGAUGAACCAGAGGCAAGGAAAGGAUAGAUGUGCCAUGCUGCUAUUAUGGGAGUGAGUUAGAAAACCAUAUUAAUCAACUAGUGCCAUUACCCCAGAGUAACAUCAGACCCUUACAAGGCUCAUCCCAGGCUUUGUUUAGAUGACCAAUCAGUGCGUUCAUAAGCCUCAGCAGCCCCUGAACUCCUCCUCUAUUCCUAAAGUGCUUCCUUUCUUUACUGACACUCGGCUAAGAACCAACAGCCACUUUUGAAUUGAACCUGUGGUCAUAUGUAUAUGUAUGUAUGUGUGCGUGUGUCAAGAAUUCUGUCUUGUGUUUGAAAACCGAAUAAUACCACCGGGCUGACGUUUAUGUCUUGCUAAAAUGAGCAUGGAUGGAAAAAAAUAUGUAUAGUUAAAGUUCAAUAUACAGUACUUUGCGAUUAUUGAAAAUAGUUUUCAAAGUAGUUUGUAAACAGAAUUCUGCUUUAUGUUUGCUCCAAAGUACAGUACUCUUGCAGAGGCGACAGUCAUGUGUGCAACUGUCACGUCAAUGUUUUUGAGCUUAAUGUGUCUUUUUUUAUAAAUACACUAUGUGCCAAACAUCAAGCAUUUCUUAUGAGGCAUCACAUGAAGCAAUAAGACAAAGAACAAUGUUUGAGCACUUGCAAUGAAUGUAAUUUCUCAAGAAACCAGUAUUCUUUAGAAAAAAAAACCUGGGCAAAAAAAAUAGGCACAAUUAGGGGUUAAAACUAUAAGUAAUUAAACACUGUGAAAUAUAAAGCAAAUAUUUUCUUAAUGAAUUUCUUAAAUAUUCCAGAUUGUAAAGAGCUGCUUGCUGCAGUAUGGAUGUGAUACUUUGGUACUUUAGAUGCUCUAUUCGAUGGUUGAGGAGGUUGGUAUUUGAUUGGUUUAAGAACAACGAAGGCUGCCAAUCAGAGGAGUGGUGGACCAACCCCUUCUGUGACACUCUGUCAGUGUUGCUCAGAUUGGCAUCCAAGAAAAAACACAUCUAGCGUAAAUAGAUACUAAAACUCCUAAAGUCAUUGAAACUCCAUUAAAUGGUUGUGUUAUAGUAUGAUAACAUGACAGGAGCUGGUUUACAGAAUAUACUUUUAUUUUGUUUUUUGGUGUGGGGGUAAUGUAAUAUCUUUCAAAGCAUGAUAUGGAGUUUAUUUACAAUGCUAUAUGAAGGCUCACCCAAAUUCAAAACUGCCACAAUGGUCUUAUUGGAGUCAUGAUACUGUGAUUAUGGAUCGUGUUGAUUGAAAAGAUGCCAGGAAGAUACUUAAUAAAAGAAAGGAAAUCAUCUCUGAUGUAUAAAAUAGCAUCGAUCAGAUGGGGAAUAAUUAGCUUGUAAACACAUCAUUAUGUACAUUUAAAAAGCACAUAAUGAAAUCAACAUCAACCAAUGGUUAUUCUAUCCACUUAAUAAACUGCAGUAUAUGAAUCAACAUGUAUGUGUGUAGAUGUAUGUAACCACAAGCUAAUAAAGACUAAUACUGUA